AUGGCUUUUCCUCUGAGGGGUGCUGAUAAUAAUCAUCUGACCGCGGCGGGAAACCGUCUGUACCCCGCAGUGACGCACUAUUUGCCCUCAAUGGCGGAGCACCUGAUAGUGGUGGCCGAUGAAUCCGGGUCCGUUCUGCCCCCAGAGCCCACCGAUAGCGUUCGCAACAGUGUGCUCCCAGACCCCGAGACCAACAGUCAAAAAAAUAUUUACGUCCUGCACAGUACCCCCACUCAACCGAACACUACGACCACCACCGUCACCCCCACUGACAAUGUUGGCAAUUAA